UUUAGGCUUUAAAACCGUUCAGAGAACAUACGGACGUUAUUAAAAUAUAUAAAAAAUAUGAAGUGGCUAUCCAUUGCUUUCGUUUUGGGUCUUCUGGCCAUUGCUAGCGCUAACCCCCUAAGCCCCGGAAAUGUGAUUAUCAAUGGCGAUUGCAAGCACUGCAACGUUCGAGGCGGUUAAGUGAUGCAAUGUUGAUGAUGCUAUUGCUCUAAUUUGAAUGUGUCAGGAUGUGAAAACUACUGAUUUAAUUUAUGCCAGACUUAAACAAUAAACAUAUGUGCAUUUAAAUUGUGUGUUCAAUUUUUAAUAAAAAAUUAAUUCUUCUGUGAACAUUUA